GACCUUAGGAGCACCACCACCAGCUCUGGGCCAUGACGCAGCUGCUGCUCCUGGUCCUCCUCUCCCUCCUCCCUCUUUUCUUCCUUCUCACCAGUGGCUCAUUUGGCAGGGGACGAAUCAAUUAUUUGGUAAGGGACCUAGAGCAUAUAGUCGCCUCUUCUGCCACUGUGCUGAGACCCGCACUGCUUGGGGAGGUGGGUGCACACUGAUGUGGGUCAAAGCCGGACAUCGGAGGCAGCAGGGGGUGAUGGCUGGAGGACGUCUGGGAGGAGAAAGAGACCCCCAUCCUAGUCACGGGAGCUGUGCCAGGAUGUGCGAGGUGCUGCCACCGCACAGGGGAAUAUGACACGGGACUCCCCACCCCCGGCUUACGUCUGGACGACAGGGAGAUCUGCGUCCAGAGCAAGAAGGUGCAAGAGUGGGUGCUGUCGCCGGGAGACCGAGGGCUGCGAGUCGCACUGCGCCCCCAAGGGGUCCGAGGGCAGCACGCGUCACCCGCAGACAUUCCUGGGCCUGUAUAACGAGUGUCCCCGCCUGCUGAACCUGACGUGUGUAUUUCCGAAGAAUGAGAAAUCAUUUAACAUCAUCUAUGGCCGUUUCACAGCGCUUGAACGUGAUGAAUCGGACUCUUUUGGGAGAUCAGAAGAGAAAGGAGGGAUGAGAAAAGGAGAGCCAAGGAAAGAGCGUGAGGAAAAGAAAGAUCAGAGCGCCUACUGUGCUGUGGGGACAGGGAGACAAUGAAUCAGGACGAGUUUCCGCAAGCUGUACCUUUGGGUUGUGAGGCUUUAAGAGCCAGAUGCUAGCUUGCUGGCUGUGAGUGUCGUGAAUUCUCUGCAGAAGCAGGCUUCAAGGCAGCCCUGCUAUAUUUGGGUUACGUUCUGGGAAUAAAGAAUUCAGAUUUGGGACCCAAAGUUCCAUGGUUAGCUACACUUCUGAUUAGCUGAACCAAGUGUGAACCCAGAUCUGAGCCAAGUAUGUCCUCCAGGACAUCAGGCUUAUGGUGCGAGAGCUCAGUAGUUGAGAUAGAAGCUGAGGUUUACUUAAAGCACCCCCUGUAAGUCUUAGCAACACUCUAACCUUUAUCUUGGCAGAAAUUGCUCCUAAAUGUGUCAGACAGAUCCACAGUGUCACAUGUACUUCAGAAAGACACAGGGCUACGGUGCAUGAGCUCCCCUUAUUUGGAGAAAAUCUAUGAAAGGCCCUUGGAAGGGGAGAUUGCAGGCUGGAAACCCAGCCUCCAAGAAUACCUAAUGUCUUCAAAUUUAGAAGGGGAGGGGGAAAAUACAUUGCUGAUGUGAUUACACUGGUUUCAUACAAUGAAGAGGAGAAACUUUUCUUCUACCCUCUUA